GAGCUUGUAUUGUCUAGGUAACAUAAACAUCCGGUUUAGAGAAACGGAGCGAAAACAUGGAAGAUGUUUCGGCAAUCGUUUUAUUUGUCCGUGCAUAGUUAAUAGAUUGGUUGUACAAUAUUAAAAAUCAAAAAUGUCGCGAGCUGCCGUGUCUAAAUCACGGGCAGACAAGGGUUCAAAGCCUCCACCUGCACACACACCGGUGGUUGCACAUGAAAUUGUUCCAGGGAAAUUCACUGAUCAAGAUUGGAAUUUUAUGCUUGAUAAAGAUGGUACAGAGGAUUUCAUUGAAGAUAUUAUGGAGGAGUUGGUGGAUACCACAAUGGAUAAAAUAUAUGAUAUUUAUGUAGAUAAACAACUCCUUCCAUUCACAGUUACAAUGGCAAAAGAUGCAAUUCUUCAAAUCAUUGAUUGGCAGUUUCUUGCACGAGAUGAAGGAGAAGUGAAUAUUGAAGCUGAUGCUGGAUGGAUGGAAGACGAAGAGCCAGACCCUGCCUCCACAGAUUGCUGGGCUCAGGGAUCUGUACCAAAACAAAUCAUUCCUCCAAGACCAAUUUCUCCUGUGGCAGAAAUCUUUGAUGAAAGGCCUGAUGAUGAGGAUGAAGAUGUUUCACCACUGCCCAAGAAGGAAGAUACAAAAGUGGAGGAAGAGGAACCAGAGAUGGAAGACAAAGUCUCAGAGGCAGAGGAAGAAAGUACGGAUAAAAAAGUCAAGAUCCAACCCAAAGAGGAAAAGAAAGAGAAGAAGCGGUUCAAAUUCAAACCAUACAAAGGUAGACUUGGCUCCAGUCAUGUUAGCAGGAUGUCUGAAUCAUUGGAAGAAACAGAGAUGAAAAUGGUAGCAGCUGAAAUUGAGGCCAGUUUAGAAUUCAAACAAAUGGAUAAAGCCAGCGGUCUUCUUAAUAUGCCAGCUUCGUGUCAUUCAAUUCUCAAAGUUCAAUCUGGCAGACCACCUGGGAACAAAGAUGUGGUUUAUGAUGAGAUGGGAAAUGUUUUGGCUGUGAUCAAAUUGAACCCAGAAAAAUUACCAUCACAUAAAGUAAAAGUUAAUUAUCAAGUAGUCGAUCCCUCCAUUGAAGCCGCUCAGGCCAGAUUAGAAGCAAUGAGGCAUGGAAAAUUUAUGAAAAUAAAAUUAAAGAAAAAGAAGAUGUCUCCAGAAGAAUCAUUAGAUAAAUCUAUUGAUGGUGCAUCACAGAUGGAAACGGAAACAAAAACAGAGUUACCUCCCCCUAUGAUUGAGUCUAUGGAACUUGCUCCUGGGGUCACAGUAAAGGAGGGUGGACGAGUUAGAAGAGGGCCAAAGAGGUAUGUACGUAAAUCUGAUGUUUUAUCAACAAAUCUGCAAGGACUACAUCCCGUUGCCAACAAGACAACCAAGCCAGCCCUCGAAGUUGUUGAUCUGCUCGACAGACACACUCCCAUCUUAAGACCAAUCAGAGACUCUCCCCCAUUACCCCCUAUUGUACCCCACCCUCCUAGUCAGCCCCGAAUAUCAACAUGAAAGAAACCUGUGUAAUAGACUUGAUCAGUUGAUAAGGGUCUGAAUUUGAAAUUUGUUGACAAAUAUUGCUUUUUAUAUAGCUAUUUUGUACUACAUAUAAUUGUACAUAUGUGCACAUGUUAAAUUUGGCUUAGCAUUGAUAUCAUAUUUUAAAUGAUAUAACAAUGUGCCAUCUGUGAUAUUUAUUGAUAUGUAGUCUGUGAAAAUUGAUGUGAGCAAACUGAAAUGUAAUUGUUACCCAAUAAAUUUCCAUUAAUUUUCA